CAUUUCCAUGAUGGCAGAAAGGCACAACAACAUAUUGAAACUUGCUGGAAACAACUUGAAGCAAGCAAAAGGAGGUUUGAGCGCGACUGCAAAGAGGCUGAUCGAGCCCAGCAGUAUUUCGAGAAAAUGGAUGCUGACAUUAACGUGACAAAAGCAGAUGUGGAAAAGGCAAGACAGCAAGCCCAGCUGCGACAUCAGAUGGCAGAAGACAGCAAAGCAGAAUAUUCUUCCACCUUGCAGAAGUUCAACAGUGAGCAGCAUGAGCAUUACUACACACACAUACCAAACAUCUUCCAGAAAAUACAAGAGAUGGAGGAAAGAAGAAUUGUGAGGAUAGGUGAAUCCAUGAAAACCUUUGCAGAAGUCGAUCGCCAAGUGAUCCCCAUCAUUGGGAAGUGUCUGGAUGAAAUAACAAAGGCUGCAGAGUUAGUGGAUCACAAGAAUGAUUCUCAGAUGGUAAUAGAAGCCUUUAAAUCAGGGUUUGAGCCUCCGGGAGACAUCGAAUUUGAGGACUUCACGCAGCCGAUGAAGAGGACUGUGUCUGAAUCCAGCCUUUCCAACUCCAGAGGGGAGGGGAGGUCAGAGAUGAAGUUUGGUAGCAAAUCCAAGGGCAAGUUAUGGCCAUUCAUCAAGAAAAAUAAGCUUAUGUCCCUUUUAACAUCCCCCCAUCAGCCCCCUCCUCCUCCCCCUGCCUCUGCCUCACCCUCUGCUGUUCCCAACGGCCCCCAGUCUCCCAAGCAGCAAAAGGAACCCCUCUCCCAUCGCUUCAACGAGUUCAUGACCUCCAAACCCAAAAUCCACUGCUUCAGGAGCCUAAAGCGCGGGCUUUCUCUCAAGCUGGGAGCAGGCCCAGAAGACUUCAGCAAUCUCCCACCUGAGCAGAGAAGGAAGAAGCUUCAGCAGAAGGUCGAUGAACUAAACAAGGACAUUCAGAAGGAGUUAGAUCAAAGAGAUGCCUUAACAAAGAUGAAAGAUGUGUAUAUCAAGAACCCCCAGAUGGGAGAUGCAGCGAGUGUGGACCACAGGCUAGCAGAACUUGGCCAGAACAUUGAAAAACUACGAUUAGAAGUUCAGAAGUUUGAGGGCUGGCUGGCAGAGGUGGAGGGCAGGUUGCCCGCGCGGACCGAGCAGCAUCGGCGCCAGAGCAGCCUGUACGAGGCCCAGAGCCAGUCAGCAGUGAACAGCUGUGCCCAGGACCGGGAGAGCCCAGAUGGCAGUUACACAGAAGAGCAGAGUCAGGAGACUGAGAUGAAAGUACCUGCAACAGACUUUGACGAUGAAUUUGAUGAUGAAGAACCACUACCCACCAUAGGAACAUGUAAAGCACUCUACACAUUUGAAGGUCAGAAUGAAGGAACAAUUUCUGUAGCAGAAGGAGAGUUGCUCUAUGUAAUAGAGGAAGACAAAGGUGAUGGGUGGACACGAAUCCGAAGGAACGAAGAUGAGGAGGGUUAUGUCCCCACGUCGUAUGUUGAAGUCUAUUUGGACAAAAAUGCCAAAGAUUCCUAAAGGUGUUUGUGCUGGUGCAAGAACCUCGGGGCGAGCUUGUCACAGAAGGAGAAACAAAAUGGUCUGUUUACCCUGCAGGCAGUUAAAACACUCCCAUGGAAAGCCAUACUCCCAGUCUUGUCUGGAGUUCCCACUUGAAAAAUUCAAACAUAAAUUUCAUCCCAGUACCAUUCAGUCGCUUGCUCUUUUCCAUGGCAUGCUACUUGUGGCUUGGAUCACCUUAUCAGCCUUUCCCAUUCUUCUGCCAGCUGCACAGUCCUUCUGUCACUCAUAACCCACACCUUCCCCCACCCCAUUCCUCCCAACUUCUGUCAGAGAACCACUGGCUGCCCCUGGAUGCAGAGAGCAGCUGGAGAGUCCUAAGCAUGUUCUGGUCUGUCUUCUGUCCCCCCUGUCCCUCAGUCCAUCUGAAUGUACACACUGGUCCAUCAGCAUUUCACACAGUGCCUUUAGUGCUAAUCCUGCAGGAAUUCUCAUCAGAGAGCGUGAAAGGGAGAGGUGUAUCCCCCUGGAAAACCUCCCCUGGGACCAGUGGUACAGCAGCUGGACUGGGCUCUGAAUUUGCAGAUACUCAACUUGAUCCUACAUGCAUUAUUCAAUAUUCUGCUUCCCCCAAAAGGUCACUAAUACUUGUCA